AUGGGCAAGCGGGAUUUUGAGCGCCUGCACCACGUGGCCUUCUUCGACGCCAUGGCCACGGAGCUCCCCGACGAAUACGAGCCGCAGGAGGUCAACCACCUCACCCUCGUCUACUUCGCCGUCGGCGGCCUCUCCCUUCUUCGGGAGCUCGACCGAAUUAACAAGGAUGAAAUAGCCAAAUGGGUUUUGUCUUUUCAAGUUCAUCCGGAGGCAAAUGAUGAUAUAGGUGUUGGUUUGUUCUAUGGAUUCUGUGGUUCUAGAUCAACUCAAUUUCCCUUGCCUAAUGUGAAGGAUCCUUGCCGCGAUGUUAGUCAUCUUGCAAGCACUUAUUCUGCCCUUGCUAUCCUCAAGAUUAUUGGCUACGAUCUAGCAAGUAUUGACUGCAAGGCACUUCUUUUGUCUUUGAAAAAGCUCCAGCAACCAGAUGGAAGCUUCAUGCCUACUCAUAUUGGUGCAGAAACAGACCUUCGCUUUGUAUACUGUGCAGCUGCAAUCUGCUCAAUGCUAGAUGACUGGACAGGAAUGGACAAGUUAAAGGCAAAGGAAUACAUUCUUAGCUGCCAGUCAUAUGAUGGAGGCUUUGGUAUGGUUCCUGGUUCUGAAUCUCAUGGUGGAGGAACUUUUUGUGCUGUUGCAGCUCUCCAUCUAAUGGGCUUCAUUCAAGUUGAUUUGGCAUCUAACUUAAGAGAUUCAACGUCAAUCGACAUUUGCAUGCUCCUCAAAUGGUGCCUUCAGGUUGAACUUGUGCUGAACCAUGUCUCCGCAAUUAGCCCUCUCGUGCCAUCUCAUGUGAUUCUGUAG